AUGAGCUUCCAGGCCCCACCCACACUCCUGCACCUGGCAGUACAAAGCUUAGUGAGCAAAGAGACCUUGGCCAUCUCUACUCUGCAGGACCAGCCAAUGAAGUUAUUUCCCAUACUGCUGAAGGAGGCCAACACGCAGAGAAAAUCAGAGAUGAUUAAGGCCCUGGUGACAGACUGGCCCUACCCUUGCCUUUCUGUUGGGUUGCUGAUGAAGAACCCCAGCUUGGAGAACUACCAGGCUAUGUUGGAUGGAGUAGGCACAUGGCUGCAAAGAGAGUCUCCCCCUGGAGGGCAGAAGAUUCAAGUGGUUGACUUGAGGAAUGUGUUCCAUGAUUUCUGGAAUGCGUGGACUGGAGGAGAUGGUGGAAACCACUCAACAGAAACUUUGCCUAAGGAGCUAGUAAUGGAGGGCCUUCCUCAACGCACACUGAGGAGGCAGCGUUUGACGGUUUUCACUGAUCUUUGCCUACCUCCAGAUAAAUACCAAAAACAUUUAUUGAAAUGGGCAGAGAAUAUAAGUGGUUCUCUGAAAUUGUGCUGUGUGAGUCUGAUGAUUGGUACAGAAGAAGGUGGCCCUGUCAAGAAGGUCUUCCAAAUUUUACAGCUGCAGUUCAUCAAGGAGUUGGAACUGAAUACAGUGGGUGAUCUCUCCAUACUGGCCAGUUUUGUACCUUUCAUCAAGAAGAUGAGAAAUCUUCACAAAAUCCUGCUAGUCCGUGUCUUCCCAGACCACACCCACGCUCCUGCAACUGACAGGGAUGAGAUGUAUGUCCGCAAGAUCAUUUCUCUGUUCUCCAAACUCAACCGUCUCAAGCAUGUCACCAUAGAUGAUGUCUAUUUCCUCAAUGACCACAUGAAACAGUUGCUUAGGUGCCUGAAGACCCCGUUGGAGUCCCUGUCCAUCUCUUUCUGCAAUUUCUCACAGUCAGACUUGGAGUCCUUUGCCCAGUGGGGUCAUUGUCAGCUUAAACAUUUGUACCUGAGAGGUGUCAAUUUAAGUGAUUUGAAUUUCAUGCCUCUCACAGUUUUCUUACAGAGUGUUGCAGACACUCUGCUGACCCUGGAAUUGGAAGAUUGUAGGAUGAAGGACCCUGACCUCAGGCUCCUUCUCCCUGCCCUGAGCCAAUGCUCCCUGCUGACAAGCAUCAAUCUCUACGACAAUGAAAUCUCCACCAAUGCCCUGAAAGACCUUCUGUACCACACUGCCAACCUAAGCCAGCUGACCAAGGAGCUGUACCCUGCUCCUAAAGAAGUCUAUGAUCACUCUGGUUAUGUCAAGGUAGUGGAAUUUUCCCAAUGUUGUGCUGAGCUGAAGAGCACACUUGUCAAUGUACGGCAGCUCAGGUCAAUCUGCUUUGGUAGCAAUCCCUGUUUAGACUGUG